AAAAGAGAACACGAAGAUCGGACGAAUCAACUCAAAAUCUGGGUCAGCGUGGAAAUAAACUCUGGCCCUUGAGCUGGCUUCCUCUCCGGACAAAAUGGCCUCCGGCUCUUAUGACGUCAGCCCUGCGCCCGAGGGGGCCAGCGCGGGCCAGAACAAGCCGGACAACACCGCCUUCACCCAGCAGCGCCUCCCGGCUUGGCAGCCCUUGCUCUCGGCGGGGACGGUGCUGCCCCUCUUCAUCCUCCUCGGGAUGGCCUUCUUGGCCAUCGGCUUGGGCCUCUUCUUCUCUUCCAAGAACAUCCAGGAGGUGGUCCUGGACUACACCGGGAGCCCCAGCGGAGGAGGUGCCUCCAACUGCUCCCGCUGCGCCAACCUCAGCGCCAACCCCCUCCACCAUGGGUCGUGCGCCUGCGGGAUAAGCUUCGAGUUGGCGGUGGACUUCCCGGCCCCCGUCUGCCUCUACUACCAGUUGUCCAACUACUACCAGAACAACCGGCGGUACAGCAUCUCCCGCGACAAUGAACAGCUCAGCGGCUACUCCAGGGCGCUCAAAAACCCCAUCAUGGACUGCCAGCCUUACCAAUAUAAUGCCAGUGGCUACCCCAUCGCGCCCUGCGGCUCCAUCGCCAACAGCCUCUUCAAUGACACCUUUAGCCUUCACCGCAUCCUGAGCGACGGCACCAUGGUCCCCGUGCCCCUGGACAAGAGGGGCAUCUCCUGGUGGACCGACACCAACGUCAUGUUCCGGAACCCAGAACUGGUCAACGGGAGCCUGGCUUUGGCCUUCAAGGGCACCGCCAAGCCCCCAUUCUGGCCCAACCCCAUCUACGACUUGGGCAAAGGCAACCCCAACAACACGGGCUUUGUCAACGAGCACUUUGUCGUCUGGAUGCGCACCGCCGCCUUGCCCACUUUCCGGAAGCUCUACUCCCGCAUCCACCAGGGGAAUUUCUCCGUGGGGCUGCCCCGUGGCUCCUACUACCUCAACAUCACCUACAAUUACCCCGUCCUCUCUUUCCAGGGCUCCAAGACGGUCAUCUUAAGCACCCUCUCUUGGAUGGGGGGCAAGAAUUCCUUCCUGGGCAUCGCCUACCUGGUGUGCGGGUCGGCCUGCAUUGUCACCGGCGUCGCCAUGUUGGUGGUCCACUUCAAAUAUCGGCACCUGAAUGAGGACGACUGAUAGACAAAGCCAGUGGAGUCUGUGGCAAGAGCUGCAACAGCCAGCCCUUCAGGUCCACAGAUUUUUUAUCCACACCUUCAAAGUAUCCACAGUUUGAAAAUACUUUUAAAAGCAUACAUUCCCAAAAGCAGACCUUCAUUUUAUAUAUGGGACACUGUUUUACUACGCCAUUGGAUUUAAAGGGACUUGAGCGUCCGCGGAUUUUGUGAUCCACAGGGGCUCCUGGGACAAAACCCCAGUGGAUACCAAGGACCCACUGUAAUGAACGCUAGUCUGUAAGAUGAUAGAGAAGAACAACAAGAAGAAGAGGGAGCCAUUCUCAUUUCUAGAGGCUUUGGGGUGAAAAAUAAAUGGUUCAGGUAGAAAGCCUGGCAGGAUAUACUUAUUGAGCCACCAUCUCAAAUGGUCACAAUUUUGAUAUGAGUGGCAUUCACUGCAUGGCUGGCUUUUCUGUUCUCCCAGCAGGGAGGUUCUCCAAAGAAAACUGUUGGUUAGUAGAGAUCUUGUAGCACCUUUGAGACUAAGUGAAAGGGGGGGGGGGGGGAAUUCGGCAGCAUGAGCUUUCAUAGACUUCAGUCUACUUCCUCAGAUGUAUCCACCAAAACAACACACAUUUCAAGUGAAAGUUGAAGACUACACAGUUAGUGUAGGUUUAAAAGUUGUGCAAUGAUAACUUUCCAUGAUUCAAACCUGUUAGGUGUGUGUAAAAGAACAACUAACUUUGGAUGCCAUUUAAAAUAUUUGCAAUGGCUGUGUAUUUUUUUUUCCACGACAAAGCCAGUGACCUAUUGAGAAACCAAUCUCAUUGCAAAAGCUGAAAUGUGAAAUGCUUGCAAGCAACAAAAAUGUGAUGAUUGUCCUGACUGAUAAUGUAAGGCCGAGAUGUUUUAAUGAGAAUCAUGCACACUCUUGACAUUUUAAGUUAUUCCUUAUCACAGAAACUAGUGAUUUCUGUAUAUGCCGAUAGCACUCUUGAUAUUGGUGAGAGGUUUAUGUUUCCACUGCCUUUUUCAGACAAGGGUUUAACAACUUACAUUUUAAUAAUACAACCUGUUUGGAUAAAAGCAUGCACUUCUUUGAUAUGUGAAUACUGCAGUUCCUUCUGUGUGAAUGAAGAACAUAAACCUGAGUUUCUGAACACUUUCCUGUAUGUAGUAACUAGUUCUAUGAUGAGAAAUGAACUUGUAAUAAUAAAAUAAUUUAUUCUGAU